AUGGCGACCGGUGGUGGACAGGUGACUGUGGUGGCGCUGGACAAGGCGCUGCCGGCGACGCGGCUUCUGGAGAAGCGGCGCCUCAUGUUCCAAGUCCAGGAGGCGCUGGAGCGGAAGAAAGUGGAGUUUGCGAGCAAAGAAGACGAAUUGACGAGACGAGAAGAAGCCCUCCGGAUCAAAGACCGGGAGUUACAGGAUUCUCUCAUUGGAUUCUCCAAGUUCUUGCAGGAAAAUAAUAUCAAGCGGAUUCGUGCGGAGAAAAAGGCAGCUGAUGAGAUUCGUUUACAAGCAGAAAAAGAAGCAGAGAUCAGACAAAUCGAGACCAAGAUAGAGCAGCUCCAGAACGAAAAAGUAGCCACGAAGAACGCUCUGGGAAGAAUGAUGGCUUAUCAAAAGUACCUCGAGACCGUUGUUGAGGUCGCGGAGGAGUAUCACGAAGUCAAUGAUCUUCUACUAAGGUACUCUACGUUGCUAAGUACGAACGAAGAUCUUCGAACGCAUGUUGAGCAAUGCACAGAUACCAUUGAAGCGCUGCGGGCAGAGCUGCAAACGUACUACAAGUCCGCAAUCAGCGAGAUCCUCAACCUUGAAAACGAUGUCACUCUUGCGAAACAAGCGUACGAAAGGAAGAAGCAUGAGACGGCUGAGAUGGAAAAGAAGAUGGAUUCGAUUUUGCAAAUCUCUGCUGCGAAGACACUCGUCCGGGGACAGGCUUGCAUGGCGGCUGAAAAUCUUUUCGGCCGAGUAUGCCAUAACUCGAGAAUAAAUCACGUUCCACAGUCAAGCCCUUUGAGGCAACUGGAUGUUGUUGGCGACUACGUUUCGGACACCAACGCAAUAAUCAAGGCUGUUAAAGCUGGUGCGUUGAAGAAGGACGAGCUGGGACAUUUUUCUCCUGGUAAAUUUUGUGAGCUUAGUUGA